UUUAUUGUUCAACGUUCACAUCAUUUUAUGUUAUAUUCUUAUAUAAAAUCAAAAUGAUUUUUUUCAAGCAAUAUUUAAUAAUUCUUACAUUUAUAGUAAUUGCAGUUUUGGUAAUGCCUGUAACGCCUGAAGAAACUGAUAGACAAUAUUUAUCCGUUUUCUGUACUGCACUUUACGAAGCUGGUCGCUUAUCGAGCAGAUAUAAUGAGCUUUCUAUUAAAAAUGUGAAUGAUUUAAAAAUAAGUAUCUAUAAUCGUAUUGAUGCAAGUGCAAUACUACUUGAACAAGGCGAUCAAGUUGAAAAAAAAGGCGAUCAAGUUGAAAAAAAAGGCGAUCAAGUUGAAAAAAAAGCUGAAUUUACACUUAGUUGGGGUUUUUUAAGAGAUAUUUUAGUUUUUAUCAGUGGACGUGUAGAUGCAUUGAAAUCGUACCGGAAAAAAGUAAACAUGGACCAAAUUAAUGAAGUUUUGAAAAAUCUUACAAUAGAAUUCACUAAUUUUCUCAAAGAAAGUGUUAAAGGAAACAAAUUUUGUCCAUUACCCGAUGACUUUUGUAUUGCAAAAACUGCAUUAACAGAUUACAAGGCGUUUUAUCAAUCUAUUUUAAAAUUUUCUCAACCGAUACAAUUUACAUGAAAUAAUAGAACUACGAAUGAAUUGUUUCGUUUAAUCAUAUUAAGAUAAAUAUAAAUUAAAUUGUAUAAUACAAUAUUAUAUCUUCUUAUAUAAUAUAUCCAUGAUUUUAAUUAUAAAUAGAUACAUACUAUUAUUAUAAUUCCUAAUAAAAUGAAUGUGAUGUUUUCGGAAAAAAAUAAUUCAACUUUAUUAUACUACUACUAAUAAUAAAUUAAUACCUGUACCUACAUAUUAUUAUGAAUUACUAAUAUAAUAUUAUAAUAUAUA